AUGUUUAAAAUUAUUACAUUAAUAUUUUUACUCUUUUGUUCAAUUAUUAAUUGUCAAAUAUUAUUUUCUAAAGAUUGUGAUAUAAUAAAGCUUUGUGAUAAUUAUAAUAAUAUAGAUAAGUUUGAAAGAUGUAUUGAUACUUUUAUUCAACAAAAUCCAUUAUGUGUUGAAGAAUUAAAAAUUUUUAAAGAUAUAAGAAAAAGAUUUCCAAUAUAUAAUAACGAUUAUGGUAAAAGAAAUUUUAAAAUUUUCCAACAAUUACGUCAACUUCAAAGAAUUCCGGUUGGAAAAAGAAACAACCUGCUCUUUUAUUAA